UGGAAUGACCUUGUUGAAAAAGGAGACUUUUUUGACUGUGCCUGCAGCGCGUGACUGCGUGCGUGCGUUUGUUUACACGCUUCCUGUGUGUGCGUGUCUUUUCUGCGUGUGUCACCUAAACGUGGGGAGCGACAGAGGGGGGCGGGCACGCCCAAAAGAUGGUGUUGAAUCACGCCCGUCUGUUGCUUUUUCUGUGUAUCGGUGCGCCCCACGAUUGGCGGACAACAGUGGAGGUAGCCAGCACUGGUGCGCCGUGGGCGUGUGGAACGUCUGUUUAUAAACCUAGAUCUUUUAUCAGUGGGCGGGAACAGCAACAGCAUUGAGGGAAAGUGGGGCGCUUGAAAAAGAGAAACGUAAAAAGGAGACGAGGCUGUGGCGGCGGCUGAGGUUGACAGGGGCUCGCGGAGGGGGCGCGGCGGCAGCCCCUGUAUGCGUCUUCCACCGCGCAUGGACGACCACCUCAGCCUCCUGCAAUCACCCCCGCCGAGCGUCACCAAAACCAGGGGAGACAACUUGGUGAACCACGGAUACACCGAGACAGAGACCGACGUGAUGACGGUCGUGGCAUGUGACAACAUGCUGGAAGAGUCGGCGGCUCUCCCGGGCCACCACUCUCUGGACAGAUACGAACCGGAUCACGAAUGCUGCGAGAGGGUGGUCAUCAACAUCUCAGGGUUACGUUUCGAGACGCAGCUCAAGACUCUGUCACAGUUCCCAGAGACGCUGCUGGGUGACCCAAAGAAAAGGAUGAGGUACUUUGACCCUCUCAGGAACGAAUACUUCUUCGACAGGAACCGACCCAGCUUUGAUGCCAUUCUGUAUUACUACCAAUCCGGCGGGCGGAUCCGGAGACCAGUUAAUGUGCCCAUUGACAUUUUUUCUGAGGAGAUACGCUUCUAUGAGUUGGGUGAGGAGGCGAUGGAGAAGUUCAGGGAGGAUGAGGGCUUCAUAAAAGAGGAGGAGCGGCCACUACCAGAGAAUGAAUUUCAGCGGCAGGUGUGGCUGCUGUUUGAAUACCCGGAGAGCUCGGGUCCUGCCCGGGGGGUCGCAAUAGUGUCUGUUUUGGUCAUUCUCAUCUCCAUUGUCAUCUUCUGCUUAGAGACACUGCCGGAGUUCAGGGACGAGAACAAUGAUGUGAUCACUCUAGCGCCGGUGAUAAAUGGCACAGUACCAUAUUUCAUCAGCCCCUUCUCUGAUCCCUUCUUUGUCGUGGAGACGCUGUGCAUCAUCUGGUUUUCCUUUGAGCUCCUGGUGCGCUUUUUUGCUUGUCCGAGCAAAGCCACGUUUUCCAAAAACAUUAUGAACAUCAUUGACAUUGUGGCCAUCGUCCCGUAUUUCAUCACCCUGGGCACAGAGUUAGCAGAGAGGCAAGGGAACGGACAACAGGCCAUGUCUUUGGCAAUUCUGCGCGUAAUUAGGCUUGUUCGGGUGUUUCGCAUCUUCAAACUUUCGCGUCACUCCAAGGGGCUUCAAAUUCUGGGGCAGACCCUGAAGGCCAGCAUGCGCGAACUGGGCCUGCUCAUCUUUUUCUUGUUCAUAGGGGUCAUUCUCUUUUCCAGCGCUGUUUACUUUGCCGAGGCGGACGACCCGUCCUCGGGUUUUAGCAGCAUCCCGGACGCGUUCUGGUGGGCUGUUGUUACGAUGACCACCGUGGGAUAUGGGGAUAUGCACCCCGUGACAAUCGGUGGAAAGAUUGUGGGAUCUUUGUGCGCAAUCGCGGGCGUGCUGACCAUUGCCCUCCCAGUCCCUGUCAUCGUCUCCAAUUUUAACUACUUCUACCACAGAGAAACAGAGGGCGAGGAGCAAGCGCAAUACCUGCACGUGGGCAGCUGUCAACCUCUGGCAGACACAGAGGAGCUGAGGAAGACGCGCUCCUCCUCCUCCCUCAGCAAGAGCGAGUACAUGGUGAUAGAGGAGCACGGGAUAAACAGCGCGUUUAAGCAGCAGCCGAAUUUUCCCACUACAACUCAAAACAACUCACAGAAUUGCGUAAACAUAAGCAAAAAGAUUUUCACCGACGUGUAGCGUUUCAGUUCUGACCAACAGGUGAGGCAUCAACAUACAGCUGGCUCUGGCGGUGCACACCAGCGUGUGGAAGCACAGAUGGAAGAUACGAGGAAUGGAAUAGUAUUGCUGCUUAGUUUGUGCUCUGUUUAAAGAAUCCGGAUAGUUCACUUUAGUGAUAUAAAUUCAUCCCUUAAGGUUCCGUUUGCGCUUGCGUAAAGACAGAGAUAGAAUGAGUUCUUCUCUGAGGGGCUGAUCCUGUUGUGCGUUUCCAGUAGCAAGUGUAUAAUCACAACAGGUAGAAAUAGAAGCUUUUUUACUGUGAAGGGUGCGUAAAACUGCGUGUUCCUUGAAGGACACUUACACUGUUUCAUGCGUUAUGCGUCGUGAUCAGUCAUGCUUAGACAAUGUAUAAUAACCAGUCAUUUAAAUAUGUGUCUGUGUUCAAACACACGUAUGUCUGAAAAAAAAAACGGUUCGAAGAUAUAAAAUGUCAACCAGACCGUUCCGUGUUAUGCCUUCAUUAUGCGUCCUUGAAAAAUAACUCCAAAUAUUUCCUCUGCGUAGGUUAUAUUGUUAGGCUAACCAGUGCGUAAACGGCGCUUUGUAAACACCGGAUCCAGCCAAUUGUCAGCAUCUCCUUAUCUGUGCAAGAAACACGUGAGCGCAGAAGCACAAAGCUGCCUCCGUACGCACACAAACAAUGAUCAAAGAUGGAGAGUGAUUCUCUUUGGAUGCCUCAAAUAUAGCUCUCUGUGAUGCAGUCACUAUGGUGACGGUCGUUUCCUGGGUAACCCCAGUCACCGUUGCCAUGGCACCCUUGUUUCCACAGUAACCUCCCAGAUGGCUUGGAAUUUAUACAGACGAUUCUCAUGUGAAUGGCGUGACUUCACUCUCUAAUGAGGCAGUUUUAUCACCAAGCUGCUCUGCGUAAAGCACCAAUCCAGAUGUACGGAGCAACCAGCCUCUUUGACACCAACACAAAACGAAAUUCUACAGAGGAGAUUUGUUUACACCCCCCCCCCCCCCCCAAUCACCCCCUCUAAACAAAUCUAUUUCAAGCUGGGGAGCUGCUGUGCCUGAAAACAUGAAAGGAGGAGCGGCGCGUGAAAAUAUGAAUGAAGUGGGAGCACUACCGCAAACGCACAGCAAAGGGUGCUGUUCCCUUACUGAAAAAAAUAGCUUUUCUUUCCCUACAGGUGUGCAGUGAUUCUGGUCUUCCGGAUGGGAUAGAUGGGUCACAUUUGGGAUCUGAGACAGAAAUCCUUCUGGAUCGGUUCUUCUUUCCCUGUACUCAACUGAUGCCUAAAUCAAGACUUAAAAAGUGGUGCCUAUAUCUCCUUCUCUAGCGGGACUACCAAUCAAUCCAAAAAUGCAAGAAAAUGAGGUCACAAUAGGCUUCUGACAUUUUUUCCACACACCUUUGUAGCCGCAGCUUCUAUUGUUAAGCUGACACAAUCUGAAUGGGGGAGUCACGGGAUCAAAAGUGACUUAAAAACUCGUGCUUAAGCUGUUACUGGCUUUCUAGGAAACAGCAAGUGCUUUCUCACAUCACAGGGACUUUGACAAUGAUUUCUAGAAUCUGUCUUCAUCAUAUUGUCUUCAUCGUCAUCAAAAAGUCAGCAAGAGGAAAAACCUAUGUGCUCUGUGAUUAACUGAUAUGAAACUGUGAUUCAAAACAAAGACUGUUAGCCACAUGCCUUUGUUAGUUCUUUGUGCUCCGUGUUGUUGAUAUGUAAAACGCACACAUAGCCACGUGUGCUAGUUGCUGCUAUUCCCUUGACUUAUACUUUAAGAACAAUACAAAGGCACGUGCAAACAGGCAUAUUUAUACACACACAUUUGUGAAUUUCUCUCUUCUGUUCCAGACUGCACUCUUGAUUUUUGGAACGGGGCAGAUUGUUGUCAGGGUAAGGCUGUGUAUGCCAGUAUUUGUUCCGUGUUAUUACAUGCCAUCUUAAACAUGACCCAUGUGAAGAGAU